AUGGCCCAAGCUGAUACAAGUAGUGUUACCAAGCUUCGAAAGGCAAUCUUAAAUAUUUGUCAAUAUCCACGAGGAUGCCGACGUUCUUCUGAUAUGAUAGGGAAAAUUAUUCCAUCAAUUGAGGACAAAGAAGGAAAAGAGCUUUGUAAAACCGUGGGUGAUCUUCUUGAUGAACACAUUUUCAACUCAGCUAACAACUAUUUCGACAGCGAAGCGCCUUUUCAACUUGAAGACAUCUUAAUCUCUGGGAGCCAAAGUGAAGGUACGCACAAGAUAAAUUUAAAGAAGGAGUCAUUGUCAGAUACCGAUUUUAUUCUUAUAUUAAAGAACAUCAAAGUCAUUCAAGAAGACCAAAAGAAUGGAAACCUUACAGUUAAAGAAAAUACAGCAUUUGUGAACUUGUACCUAACAGAUGAAGACCUUAUUAAGAUGUGGGCUGAUUUCUUGGAAACAUCGAGUAAUGCAAGCUAUGAAAGAAGUACUAAGCUUUCGUCAAUGAAACUGAAAGAACGAUUUCGAGAAAAAUACAUUAGUUGCGAACCAAUCUUUACGCCAGUUGCCAAACAAGAUGUUGAAGAAGUCGACGAAGGACCUUCAAUAGUGGUUUGUUCCCAAGCAUCUAGAAGAGCAACCAAUCAGUCACCAUUGGUGCAUUUCCCAGCUGAGGAAUUCGACUUUGUCCUUGCAAUCAAGUGCGACGGAUGGCCACUAUGUGCCCAAGAAUGGUUAUCUAGACCAAGAUGUUGGCCAAAUCAAGAUGUCGUUCAGGCAAUCGUCGAAAGUGGUUUUCAUAUUGUCUGUAAAAAAUCUUCUGAAGGCGACUUCCGGUUGUCUUAUUACAACGCAGAAACAAUCCUUAUUCGAAACCUCAGUGAUUUGCAGCACAAGACGUAUCGCGCUUUUAAAUCGUUCGUUGGCCAUUAUAAAAAUGAAUGGAGCUCUAACAUCAAGAAAAUCUUUUGUUCCUAUCAUCUUAAAACGAUCCUGUUAUGGUAUUGUGAGAAAUCUGAUCCAAGAGACUGGACUGAGGAAAGAAUUGUCGGUCAUCUAUUAUCACUUAUAGACGACCUGAUAUCUGCGUUGAAGGAAAGAAAUUUACCGAUGUAUUUCAUGCCAAAGUACAACUUGAUGGAACAAAUAGAAGACAGCACAGAAGUAGUUGAGAAAAUAGCAGAUUUACGCUUCAAUCUUCACUCGAUUACUGAGGCAAUAAUCUCAGAGGAACCCAGUGUUCUGGAAUGGGCGAACUUCGUAUCGAACUCCAUAUUACCUGGAUGUUCCCAGCCUUUCGAGAAAGGUAUUGAAAAAGGACAUUUUGACCCAAACGAUUUCCUUCAAUAUUUUGAGACGAUGCUGGAUGGUUACGAUCAGUUUUGGAUCGAUUCUACUGGAAAGAAACCAAAUGAAGUGCAAGGCAAAACAGCGUUCAAUAUGCUGCUUGAGCCAACGAUGAAGUAUAUGGACAAAUUUUGCGAAAGCAUGAAUCAUGUUUACAUGAACAAACCGUUGAAAGAAGAUGAGAAUAAAAAUCAAUAA